AUGUGUAUGGUCACCUUGGAAGAGGUCAAUUCCCAGAUAGCGCUAGAAUAUGGCCAAGCAAUGACAGUCCGAGUGUGCAAGAUGGAUGGAGAAGUCAUGCCUGUGGUCGUUGUGCAGAACGCCACGGUCCUGGACCUGAAGAAGGCCAUCCAGAGAUACAUGCAGCUCAAGCAGGAGCGUGAAGGAGGCAUUCAGCACAUCAGCUGGUCCUAUGUGUGGAGGACAUACCAUCUGACCUCCGCAGGAGAGAAGCUCACAGAGGACAGGAAGAAACUCCGAGAUUAUGGCAUCCGGAACCGGGACGAGGUGUCCUUCAUUAAAAAACUGAGGCAAAAGUGAGGCUGUGGACGAGAACAAUCUAUUCACUGGUGGACGAGCUUUUUCCAGCAGGAUGGAGUCCUUGAGUCGUUGUCUCCCUUUCGCGCCCCAGGUGUGCCCAGCUGGAACUGUCAGCAUGAGCCCUGGGGCCCUUUGGACUAGGACAGGGCAAGCCGGUACUCAUUUCUUUCCUGUGCACUUGGCCUGAGUCUGCCCUCUCCCGGGGCCCAAAUACCCUAAGUCACAUGGCAGGUCCCCCAGGGCUGUGGGCCUGGCCCUGUAUACAGAAUAAACCUAUUUUCUUCUUAGUUUGAAAAGUCAAAAAGCCACAGUACUGUGAGUAGGAGGGACCAGGGCUGCCCAUCACAGAGGGUAGGUAAGGACAGAGAACCGAGGCAGUGAGUCCUCAAGUCCAGGAUGCCACAUCACUGCCCAGACCACACGACUGUGUUACCAUGAUCUGUGCAGCAAGGAGGAAAUAAAAGCAGAGCAGCUGUC